CUAGGAAUAUUUUUCAGCGUUCCAGAUCCUUUUCGUCGAUGAUGAGCGGUCUGUUUCUUAUGGAGAAUUCCACGAAUGGAUUGGAAGAUAUGCUGCCAUACUGUUUAAGAAAUACGCAAUAUCUGAUUGCACUCCAAAGCUAAUGGUAACACGUAGUGUGGAAAAGGACUCUGCACUUCAUGAAUUUGUAACCAAUGUUGUAAACGAGAAGAAAUUAUCCGUGGAGUCAAAGAAUGUUACGGCUGAGUUAAGCGUCGAGAACGUGGAAAAUGACGAUGUCGCUUGUAUUUGCUACACGUCUGGUACUACUGGUGUUCCAAAAGGUGUAAUGCUUACACAUGGUUCUUUGUCAACGAACGCUGAGGCCCUUGUUGAUACCUGGCGAUUUACAAAAGAUGACAAACUGCUUCACAUGCUUCCAUUUUAUCAUGUUCAUGGCAUGUUUAUUUCACUCAAUUGCUCUCUAUUUUCGCAUUCAACGGUGUUAUGGAGAGAACAUUUCUCUGUUGAUAACUGUCUCAAAUGGUUACCGUCGACAACAGUAAUGAUGGGAGUACCAACGUACUACAGUCGCCUAGUAUCAGCACCUGAAUUUAAUCGCGAACUUCUAUCACAAUUGCGACUUUUUGUAUGUGGUAGUGCUCCGCUGUCGACUCCUUUAUGGGUAGAGUUCAAAUCCAGAACUGGACAUUCCAUUUUGGAACGCUACGGAAUGACUGAAGCGCAAGUUAUCUGUUCAAAUCCCUAUGACGACCGUAGACCUGGAUCGGUGGGAAUGCCCUUAGCGGACACAAAGCUAAGAAUUAAUCGAGAGGGUGUAAUCGAGAUUAAGUCUUCCUCUUUAUUCGCUGGUUACUGGAACGAUCCUGUGAAAACGGCAGAAGAAUUCACAGUGGACAAAUACUUCAUCACUGGAGAUUUAGGGCUAGUUGAUGAAGAUGGUGAGCGAGGUCAUUAUCAACGUAAAAAGCUUGGACGGUACGAGAGCGCCUUUCGAGAUUUGCUAAGUGAGGAAUUUUCGGAGGAGCAGUCUUCUCUUUCAGGAUUCCUGCACAUUCUCGGACGCAGGAAGGAUCUUGUUAUUUCGGGUGGAUUCAAUGUGUACCCUAAAGAAGUCGAAGAUUGUAUGAAUCGCCUUCCUGAUGUCGAAGAAUCGGCUGUCAUCGGGAUGUCUAGUGUGCCUCAUAAAGAUCUCGGUGAAGUGGUUGUUGCUGUUGUGCAUAGUAAAAGCUCAGCGAGUCAAGAAGAAAAUGAACAGGCAAUCAUUUCGGCACUUAGGAAAGUCCUCGUUGAAUAUAAGGUUGGAGGGAUUCUCCUUUUCAUUUCUUUGAUUUGUGAUCUAAUGUAG